AAGCUUUCAAGGCUUUUAGCUGAUGCCAGCAGACAUGUGUCUCCAGGCUUGUCAUAAAACUGCUGGUCCAUGAAGGAGAGCAACGGGUACAAUCUUCAAGAAAGGAGAGGGGAAUAGGAAACUGAACAAAUCAAGAACUAUUGAACAAUACAGAUUAUCAUUCACUACUGAUGGUUCCGAGGAAUGCGAUGGUUCAGCGGUUAUAGCUGUUGAGCUUGUCAACUGGAAAGCUGACAGUCCGGGUUCAAGACCCAAAUGGUACACAACAGGAGGGACACAGGAAAGAAGGCAAGGAAGACUCCAUGGAAUGAGAAAGCUGAUCUGACAUGAAGCAGAGGCAUCUCUAGUGGAUUAAGGCAACAUUGUUUUAAAAAAAAAUCUUCAGCUCAGAGUUUUUCCAGGAAGAACUUUAGUCUGGGAAAGAAGAUAAAGCUUCAAGGACAGCAUUAUACUCCUUCUCCUGACCCUUAUAUUUGGACCCUGAAAACAUGAUUGUUCUUGGCAUACAGUUUCCGGCUUAGUUUUUCAAGUUAGGCACAACAUGGAUUCAUGUACCUAUUUCAAUGGCUCUAGUUCUGGAGGGCGGAAUUUGCUCGUAAAGUGAAAGAUAAUGGCUAGCCAACUUCCCAGACAAGUAAAAUUUUGGACUUUUAAGUGGCUCCACAUCUCCAGUCUUAGUUUCUCCUGACCUUUCCAAGAGGGACUCACUUGAUCCAAUUUAGCAGCAGCUUAUCAAGAGGAUCAUUAGCUUUCUGGGAAAUAGAAAACAGAACAGUCGAAGAAAGAUAUUUCAUUUAUUUUAAUAAUACCUGAAUGAUUCCAGGAUAAAUUCUUUCCAGUCUGGUAGAACUGCAGGUAGAAUUACUGAGACUGCAAAAAGCAAUGACCUGAUUAUAUUUUUCUAGCGCAAUGAGAAACUUCUGCAAGGCGUCAGCAAAUUAUGUCUCCAGCACAUCAACACAAAAUAAAAUACACUAAAAAAAAGGAGCACAUUUUAUCUUAAUGCAAGAUCAAAAAAUCUAGUGAUCAACAGAUCCUGGGUAAAAGUUAUCAGUUUUGUUUACAUUUUAUAUUAUAAUCUUUUAACUUCUCCAUAGAAAUUACACAUGCAUGUGUGCAGGUAGUCUGCUCUCUUCUACUUCCUAUAGAAAAAGGUUAUUCAGGAAGCUAAACAAGCUACUAAAACCUGUCAGCUUCUUGCUUAAUUAGAACUCUUUUAUGGUCCUAUAAGUGCCUCAAGAUCUAACUUGGAUUCGAUGGCCUAUGUUUCUCCAGCGAUAAUGUAGCAGUUUUUUGUCAGUGAUUCUCAUUGGCUGGGUUGUGUCUCCACCCAUUGCUGCUCUUUCCUGAUUGGCCUCUCUUUGCCAUGUAGCUUCUACCUUGCCAAAAUGACUGCAGACUGUGUCCAGCUGGGAGGAGAGCAGUUUGUACCCCACUGCUCUCCUGCCAUGAUAUUAAGCCCUUUUCUUGUAGCAGUGGUAGUAGUCUUUGCCAGUGCUGUCACUGGUUGCCCAGUUCUGUGCACAUGCCGCAGCCAGGCUGUGGAUUGCAGUGGACUACGACUGUUUUCAGUCCCACCAGAUCUUCCAUUGGACACCAGAAACCUAAGCUUGGCUCACAACCACCUCACUAGCAUCCCUCCUGGAUACCUUACCUGCUAUUUGGAAUUGAGAGUAUUGGAUUUGCGGAACAACUCCCUUGUUGAACUACCAGUUGGACUCUUUUUGACAUCUAAGCACCUUUCCCACUUAGACUUGAGCUACAAUAACUUGACUCAGGUGGUGGCUGAUAUGUUUCAGGAAGCCUACAGUCUGGUACAUGUUGACUUAAGCCACAACCCUUGGCUGAAGAAGGUAGACCCCCAAGCUUUCCGAGGCUUGGUCCAACUACGUGAUCUUGAUCUCAGCUAUGGGGCUCUGUCUUCCCUUAGCCUUGAAGCCUUAGAAGGUCUCACGGGCCUGGUGACUCUUCAAAUUGGAGGCAAUCCCUGGAUAUGCGGUUGUACCAUGGAGCCACUGCUGAAGUGGUUGACAAAUAGGAUCCAGAGAUGUAUGUCAGAUACCCAACUGGCAGAGUGCCGGGAGCCUCCCGAAAUGGAGGGUGCUUCUUUGCUUUCGCUGACAGAGGAGAGCUUCAAGGCUUGCCACUUGACCUUGAGCCUGGAUGAUUAUCUCUUCAUUGCCUUUGUGGGCUUUGUGGUUUCCAUUGCUUCUGUUGCUACCAACUUCCUGCUGGGCAUCACUGCCAAUUGCUGCCACCGCUGGAGCAAGGCAAGUGAGGAUGAGGAGAUAUAGUCAGCUGGCUUGAUCCUUCCAGCUCCCGCAUCGCUCACAGCCAAGGAAGGGAGAGGGGGCAAGGACUGUCAUGCUCAGGGAAGGCGAGGAAGCUUGUCUUUCCCCCACUAGGCUGUUUUCCUGAGCCUUCCUCCUCACCUGCAGGUAGCAUCAGACUACCACCCAUCCAUCUAUUUGCUUGUUUGGAGACAGGGCCUGUAGGGAUAGGGAGACUGAAGUGUGCCUUGUACAAUUCUGUUUGUGCUGGAAACAGCCAGACAAGUCCUGAAAAAUGACAAAAACACAUGCUCAGACCACCUUUCAUCCUUUGCUUUCUCUUCUUUGCUCCCGCUUAACAUAUACUUACAUCUUUUUUUUCCCCUCUGCGCUUGUUGCAUAUUCUUUAAAUUCAUAAGUGGAGCAUAGACUCACUCAAAGAUCCACUUGCAAUGCAUAUCCAUCUGACUACUGACCGAUGAGAAAAAAAACCCAAGACUUCCCUUUUGGGAAGCCUGAAGAAUUCUGCCCUCUAGAUCAUUCCAUCUCAUAACUACAUCAAGGAAGGUUGUUUGAAGAAGGUUCAUUUUCAAGCACGAAAGAAAUGUCCUUUGAGCUUCUUCCACAAGUUCCAGUGGCCAUCCUUUGGACAUAUUUAUACAUUCAGAGUUUGCAGUUUUAUCAAUAACUCCCCCCCCCCCAAAAAAAAACCACAAAUAUUUGGAGACAAAAAAAAAGAAGGGCAGAUAGUCUACUUUUCAUCCCACUUGCUAAUUAUUUUAGUAUAGAUGGUGCUACAAUUUACACAAAUGUCUGUUGGUUUAUGACCAGCCUCAUGCUAACCAAACAGAUUUUAGCUGGAAUGGCCUGCAAAGAGGGUUACUGACCUGAACUUCAAAUAUGGCAGAUAUGCAAGAGAAUUACUAUACUACAUUACAGGAGUGUAAAACCUUAAAUAAUUAAAAUAAGUACCAUUAUAGAAUAAGGCUUUAAUGUAUUGCUCAUAAAAAAUAGAAGUAGUGUAUGGCAGCCAGGUGAGUUCCCAAAGCAUUAUAGAGUUUUGAUAGAUAUGAACAUUGAAGUGAACAUUGAAGGAGGAUCGUGUUUUGGAUUGGGUGGAACUAGACUAGCCUGAAAAGUGGGAAAGGGGGUGGGGAAUAAAAAAUGCAGUUACUUGUUGGAAAUAAUGUUUGUGGAGGAUUAAAAACUAUAAGAUGUUUCUCCCAUAGACAUUGUAGAGAAUCACCCUAUCUAGCAAAUUUUUUUUUCAACAUACGGGCUGCUUUGUUUGUUUUUCAAUAUUUUUCAAACCAUAUCUACACCUCAAAGUUAGUUUUUAUAUCCACUUAGCUGGUUUUCUCUAAAGAAUGAGGGUUCUAAAUAUUCUCCUUUAGAGAAUCUUAGUAAUGAAGAAUUGAUUCAAAUUUGAAUGCCUAAUGUAGCAAAUUUAUAUCGUAGCAAGGGGGAGAAAGAUUGUUUAGAUCGUCUUACUGAGAUCACUAGCACUAGAUGGUGCUAAAAGUCAGAAUUGCAAGGGACAUGUGGGAGAUUUGAAAGAAGCCACAUUUAGUAUUACAAAGAUUAUUUCUCCUGAUCUCAUUGAACUGACUGAAAAAUAACUUGCACUUAAGAGAUGAGGGUGAUGUUGACAUCUGUCUCAUUGCUACAUUCCUUUGCUAUUCCAACACUUCAGCAUCUUUCAAUAUCCAUCAUAAAAACACUGUCUUUAUUUUCAUGACAUAACAAAGCUAUAAAUACAGGAAGAAAUUAUUAGAGAAGCGUCCAUAAUAGAACAAUUAGAACAAAUGGAGAAAAUUAAUUUUCUUAAGCAACAGAGGAAGCCAAAAUCAGGGAAGGGAAUAGAACCAAAUGCUUUAUUAUUUCAGCUACUAUUUACACAUUUUACAAACACAGUUUCUAGAAAUAAAAAUCAGAUGAGCACUACCAAGAACAUUGAUUGGCAACAUAAUUUCUGCAUCUAGAUCUACAGUGCAAUGCUGGACAUGAAGAUUCAAAUGCCAAGUGGGCAUAUUAGACUAUAACUAUAGUUAACAUAAACUAUAGUUAAUAUUCCUGCCACAGGAAGCACCUUAUAAAGCCUGUAACUAUCUCGUAGAAAUUUAUGUCUUCUGAUUAUAGUUAAUAUAUUUCAACUUUUUAAUUUUUUGCAUCGAUAUAGGACCAAACAAGAUACUGAAUGCUGCUAUUGGGGGAGAGUGGCUUGGCGGAGAGAAGGGAUAUUAAAAUCCCAUUGUUCUCAAUUACUUCUACUAAAGUCAAGAAGGUGGCAUGUGAAGUUGUCAUUCAAAGGCAAAAUCAUUUUAAAAUGUAUCCUUAUCAGUGUUCUUUUCCUUCUUCUUUUAUGUACUUGAGGUUUUUUAUCCUGAUCGUUUCAUGAGGAGAUUUACCAGGUGAGACCCAUGAAGAUCUGAGAUCUCACAUAAAAAGCCAGCUCUGCCGUUAGUCGAAAUGAAGCAGCUUGCAUCUGGCAGAAAAUAAAAUGGUUAAUUAUUUAGAUUUGUUGCUGUUGCUAUUGCUGUUAAGGAACCAUUACAGUUUUCAUCCCCAGAUGCCAAAUUGUCUCUGACACGAUCAUCCAUUCAGGAAACGUACAAACAAAGAUGUUCAAAAAUCACAUCUUGACACUGAUCUCACCGCGAGUAACUUGGGGAAACAAUAUAACACUGUGAUGGAAGGAUUGGACAGAAGACAGACUAAUUGUUAAACAGCUCUAAAUGUUUGUUUUUAUGAGGCUUUUGGAAAUACCUGGAAACCAGUUUGUACAGGGCUAAAAUUAUAUACUGUAGAUGUUCAUUUGUAAGGUACAAUUAUAUCAUGUGAAUUGUUCUCAAA